UUAUCAAACAUAAGUUCAUAGUGAUGGAUAACAUGGAGACUUCCACAUGUCACAGCUAGACGUAAUUUUAAACAUUGUGAAAGAUUAAUAAAAGGAACAAUACUCUAAUGAACUUGCUUUUCUGUAUGAGAAAAGGACACAUAUAGAUAAAAGCCAUAUAACAGACAUUUGAUCACUUUAUAUGAAGUAAAGUUAAAAGUAGCAUGGCUGGUGUCAAUAUUCUAACCCAACUGGAAGCUGCGUUUGACAAAUACAAUGCUGAUUCAACGGUAAUUGAAAUGGACAAUGUUGCAGUUGAUAUCAGCGAGCUGAAUGAUUUGGACGAAAACAAAAAAAACAAUGAACUAAAAGAGGGCAAGGAAUACCAUCUCUUUUUUGCCCAUUCCAAAUAUGACUUACAAUGGGUAAUGGAUUUGGUGGCGAUUUUAGAAUCUGAACCAUACAAUCUGAAAUGUGCCUUCAGUGAGAGAGACUUCAUGCCAGGUACCACCGACAUGAAUGAAAUAUAUCGCUGUGUAGUUGGGAGCUUGAAAACAGUUUUCGUCAUAACCCCCGACUUUAACGAGAGUAGCUGGUGCAAUAUGGAGCUGCAAAUGACUCAGACUGCAGCAUGUAAUACAGAUAUCUCAAUCCUACCAAUAAAACUGAAAGAAUGUGAAGUGCCGAACACAAUCCAGCAUAUUAACUUUAUAAAUGCCAUUAAUGUUUCUUCAAAUCUAAUUGCUUCAAAAAUAAAGGAAAAUAUCAACAAACAACCAAUUUAUUCAGUACCAAAGUCAUUUAAUCAUCGUGCCAUCAACGGUACAUCGAUCCCAAUAGAAUCGGUCAACAUAAAAAGACAAAGUUGCUUUCUUUCCAAUCAUAUUCAAUGUGAACUGGAAUUUCAGAGUUUGCAUGAGAAAGAUGUACUGAUACAGGCUCUCAGACAGAGAGAAAUAGACAUAACAGAAGAAGAGAUGAAAAGCGAUUUGGACAAAAUACACAGGCAAAUAGAAGAACAAUCAACAAAUCAUUCUAUCAGAAUUGAUGAUAGAACAUAUAAUAUGUUGAGAUGGACUGUAAAUGUUUCAAUGUUAUUUUUGUUCAUUAUGGGAUUGUUAAAAACACAAAUUCAUGGAUGGAUACCAUUAUUUAUAGUUUCAGACAUUCUCUUACUGAUUAUACUUAUGUUCUCUAUCCCUGCAUGGUUAUAUUUCAGAGUGUAUGGACAAAUGGAUAAUCAGUUAACUGCAUUACUAUUGAACAUUAAAUAUAUCUCACAAAAUGAAAUAACGAAUAAAGAUCAUACGACAUAUACCAUAGGUUGGUCAGAACUAAUACAUGAAUACUCUAUGGAGGCAUUUUCUAAAAUUAAUCUUAUUUUGAUGAAAUAUGAUUAUGGACCUUGCAAACAAGAACUAUUCAAAUACAUAAAGAGGCACAAUACAUUAACUAUGACAGAUGCACAGAUAAAUAAGACUAUAAAUGAUAUCUGGCUUAAGCAUGAACUUGGUUAUACCCUGCGUUUAUAUGAAAAUAAAGUGCCAAAGCCAGUAGCCAUUAGACAUCCAACCAUAAAUGACCAAGCCUGUUUCUGUCAAGAAAUGGAGAAAGAAAUUCUUGGACUCAUCACAACAUAAUCAAAUCAAAAGUUUAUGACAUCAAAUAAAAAUCUAAUCAUGUAAAUGUAAUAUGUCAACCUCCUUUGGUUGACAUAACACAAUUGCAAAAAUAAAUUCAUUUUCAACACUUACUCGACUUUGAGAUAAUGAUUUUCCUUGAUGUGGUCCUUCAAGGCAGUCGUAUUCUCCAUGGGAGUUUCACAUAUACCACAUUGUAUCUUCAACGUAUCCUCCAACUUUGGGUAUUCAGCCCUGAAAAAGUUACAAUUAUUUCUCUAUCAAUAUCAAAGUUUCACUAUAUUGAAGCUAGUGUUUAUGUUUCAGGAUAAUGUUCAAUUAUCAACAGUUUUGGGAACAAAGUUUAUUUCAUUAUGGUAUAACCCCCCCUCUCCCUGAUGAAAGAAAAUUUUAAAAUAUUGUUUUAUCUUUCACUUGAAUAUUAAAAAUGAAAACUCUGCUCACG